UAUUUAUUUAAAUUUGCAUUGACACAUUGUAGUAAAAUUUAAAUUACAAUAAUUAAAUUCAAGUAAUUAAGGAAUUAAACAGAUCAAAUAGUUUAAUUGAUCAUAACAUAAGAUUUUGUACGUUCCGUACGUCACUGUACAGUGGUACCCUACUUGUCAACGCUUUUGUUGCCCAUACUGCAGCAAAGUGUUCUGUGUGUUAACAUAACCAAAAAACCACAAAACAUUACAAAACGAUUUAUAAAUUGUUACAAUUUCAAAAACCAUGGCUGACGAAGAGGUCGUGAAUGGCACCGGGGACGACACUCCGGAAAAGGGGCAGAAGAAGGCGGCGAAAUACGACAGUGGGGCCGCAGACUUGGAACGAGUUACCGAUUAUGCCGAAGAAAAAGAAAUCAACACACAGGACAUGGCCAACGCAAUAUCAGCCAUCGGAGACAGACGUAACAAGGAAGCGCUUGAGAAACAAGCUAGAGAGAAAGAACUGAUGAAGGUUUCCAUUAAGAAGGAGGAUGUCGAUCUGAUUGUCAGAGAAAUGGAAAUUUCGCGAUCGAUAGCGGAACACACGCUCCGGGAGUACCACGGAAACGUAGUCAAUGCCCUUAUAGCUUUAACCAACUAAUUUAUACCAGUCAGUCAUAAAUAAAACAAAGUUUUUUACUAUACAA